CCUGCAGGGGGGGGGGGUUGUCCUCUGUCCUCUGUCCCACCACCUCCACUGGGUCAAACAUCCCCGGACCGAGCUGGCCCUCCUCACGGGGACAAAUAAAUAUAGUUAUGAUUAUCUGAUAGAAGAUGAUGAUGCUAACCGAUGCUAACCGAUGCUAACAGAUGCUAACAGAUGCUAACAGCCCCGGGUUCCCCUCACAGGAACCUUGUCCCCCGGUCAUCGGUUCCUACCCGGACAGGACUGCGGACACACCGUUGCUAUUGGAAACAGCAGCAGCUUCAGAUGCUAACGAUGCUAACGAUGCUAACGGUCGUUCGUGUGUCACCGUUUGUGUUCUGACGUUUUAACGGUUCGACAGUGACGUCACCACCGCAUCAAUUUAGUAAAAGCUUCGGCUAACAGGAGCUAGCAGGAGCUAACGGAGCUAACAGCAGGAUUAGCUCGUGGAUUAGCCGUUAGCCUACAGCAGAGUGGACGCAAGCUACAGGUGCUAACAGCCGUUAGCUUCUCUCUGUGAUCUUCAACACCUGAGCCUGAAGUUAACCCGGACUAAGAUAACCCCGAAUAAAUUAACCUGGACUAAGAUAACCUGGACUAAACUAACCCGGAAUAUAUUAACCUGGUCUAAAUUUAUCUGGACUAAGAUAACCCAGAAUACAUUAACCUGGGCAAAGCUAACCUGUCCUAUAAUAACCCGGACUAACCACCCUGAGUGUGGAAACACUAGCCCCGGUCACAGGUGAAGAUCAAAGCUUUAUCGUUCACAGGCUCUGUGACAAUCUGAAGGUUUCACAUGUCAAGGUCAAAGGUCGGUCACCUGAUGAACGAGCAGCUGUUUAGAUCCAGUUUGACCUCUGACCUGCUGCUGGAUCAUGACUCAGGUAGAUCUUGAUCUGAGCUGGAACCAGCAGACGCCAUCAUGUCGGCCUUUGAUCCUCCAGCUGUAGGAGAACCUGGUCCCGACUCCUCCGCUUCUCCUGGUUCUCCUGGUUCUCCUGGGCGGCCCCUCCUGGCAGAGAAGGCCCUGUCGGAGUCGUUCUCUCGGCUGAGGUACCGGGACACGUCCCUGAUGAUCUGGCAGCAGCAGCAGCUGGAGAUGGCGCCUCCCUCCACCUACCUGAGCCGCAGCCAGUCCACCUGGUACAGCAGCUACGGGAACCAGGCCGUGCUGGUUCGGGACAAGAGGGGCCUGGAGGACGGCGAGGGACGGUCCAGGAUCUGCAGCAUCAUGUAGACAGAACACUGACUCAAGUCAUCAUUUUUAUUUUACACGUUCUUUCUUCAGGAACUUUUCUGAACUUCUGGAACAUGUUAAAACUUUUAGUUGAAUAAGUUCCAGUUCAUACUCGUGAUAUUUUAGGUCAGGACGUUUAAGAUGAAGUUUGAUCUGAUGUCCAAUAAUCAAUUAGAAUCAUCAGUCAGCUGACACAGGCUCCGCCCACACAACACAUGAAUAUUCUGAUACACGUGAACACGCAUGUGCUCACAUGUAUAACAAUAUUCAUGUGAUGUGUUAACUCUGACCUCAUCAGUAAAAUACACAUUUCACUGUGUGUAUUUGAAUGUACAGUUGGUGUGUGUGUGUGUGUAUUUAUGUAUACAGUAGGUGUGUGUGUGUAUGAAUGAGAGUGGACUGGGUCAGUUUAUACGUUUAUUUAUGAAAACAAAUGAACUCAGAAAAUAAGGAUCAUAUCAGUAAUUACAUCAAAUUAUUCACGUGUUGUUUUUCGUCCUCUCUCUCUCUGGGCGAUCUAAACGUCGGACAGGAACUAUACAGCUACUAUACAGUGCUCAAACAUACGGAAGAAGAAACGUACGGCCGGAGUGCAUGCAAAUACAUAAAAUCACUUUUUUCCUUUUUCUUAUUAAAAUACAAAAAUUAACUAUAACCACCGAAGCUCGACCAUCAACUAAAUAAAACAGAGGAGGUUCCUGCGGCAACGAGCUGUCCGUCUGUCACUGCGUCUUUGUAUCCGUUGUUUUAGGUUGUUAUUGAUUUGUCUGUAAAAUGUCCAAAAUAAAACUUUUUUUCUUCAGAUGAAACGAUGGGAAGAAAAACUAACGAUUAGUGUUUACGUUUAGUUUUGACUCGUCUGAAACUUAGUAAUUAUUUCACCUAACAAACUAUCGUCAUGACAACCGAGCAGCGCCAGACGCCGAGGAACUGAGAUGAGUAUAGAUCAUAACCCUCCAUGUUAGCAGAUGGGACAUGGACCAAACUAAAAAAGUUAAAUAAAUGUUUGUAAAGAA